CUCUCCCCGACAGCCGAUGCACGUGUAGAGGAGGGAUGGAAGGGAAGGCAGGAGGGAGGGAGAUGAAGAUGAGGUCCAACUUCGCUCGCGUCGAGGCUCUUCACGCCGCCGCCAUGGCCCUCCAGUGCCUCCUGCCGCGGGAAGCCGGAGGGCCUCGAGAGCUCGCGGGUGACCCUGAGGGGCUGCAGCGCUGGCUCUCAGCAGGAAGAGAGGCUAGAAACUCGAUCCCCCAGCUCGAUUGGAGCGAGAGGAGCAGCGUAGAGGCCUGCGGUAGCCUCGUCUCCUCCGUCCUUCCCUGCUGCGUUCCUGCCAUGCAGAGCGGCUGGGGCGGGCGAUGGCAGGAAGACCCAGACCUAGGAAAGAGAGGUCUGCUGCUGAUGUUACAAGUGCUGGGGAAUGCAGCCGCAAGCCAUCGGAGCAUGAGAGAUCAGAUCUGGGAGGAUGCAUGGCCGGCGCCUCUCCUCGACCUGGUGCUUGCGGAUACACAUUCCAGUUGCAAGUCAGUGGUGGCGAUGAUUGCAUACAACGUGUUGAAGAACAACACCGAGGCCUCGUUGAAGUUUGUGAGCAGCGAAGAGGGGGGGGUGUUCCUCUUCUCCCUCCUCAAGUGCUUCUAUCACAAGCAAGAGACUCCCCUCAGCCCGGACGAGCAGAGCGGCCUGACAGACCUGGGAGGAUGGUUGGAGGUCAUCAUGGAAGAGCUGGUGCAGCAGGGGCACCUGACGGCGGUGCAUCAGAGGCUGGGGACGCUGCCGAGCUCGGG